GACUCCGCCUCGGAGCCCCGCAGAUCUUCGCUUUCGUUCCGGAAGGGGAAAAAAGCUGCGCCUGAGAAGGACUCGUUGCACCCGCCCGGGAAGAGGUGUCCCGACGCUCCUGCUUCUGCUUCUGUCCCCGGACACCCUCUUUCCAAUUUUUGAUCCCGCGGUUGAAGCUUGGCUUUUGCCAGAUUUACAACAUGAGUUAUCCAGGGUACCCACCUGCAAGCGGAUAUCCACCUGCGGGUGGUUAUCCACCAGCUAGCGCAUAUCCACCUGCUGCUCCAGGCAGUAAUCCCUGGGGUGCCCCCAGCUACCCUCCUGCAAACCCUCCUCCAAUUGGAUUAGAAAACGUUGGGAACUACGCCAAUCAGUUUAAUCCAGAUUAUAUGGCAGGCAUGGCUGCCAAUAUGUCUGGAACGUUUGGUGGUGCCAAUGUGCCACAGGGAAUGUAUCCUUCAGCUCCUGGGGGCUACCCUUCUGCAGUUCCAGGAGGGUUCGGACAACCACCGCCACAGGGUCAGCAGCCUUAUGGGAUCUACCCUCCACCUCCCGGAGGAAACCCCCCAACAGGGAUGCCAUCAUAUCCAUCAUAUCCAGGUGGUCCGAUGCCGCCUGCAGCAGCCCAGCAGCCUCAACCAGUGCCGUAUCCUGGGCAGCAGCCCAUGCCAAGUUAUCCUUCCGGUCCAGCUGUUAAUCCUUCGAUGCCAUCCUACUCAGGUUCUUCCAUGCCCAUCGCCACCCCUGGAGUAUCUGGAAAGCGAGGCACAGUCCAUGACGCUCCAUCCUUUGAUCCUUUGAGGGACGCAGAAGUCUUGAGGAAAGCCAUGAAGGGCUUUGGAACUGAUGAACAGGCCAUCAUUGACUGCCUUGGAAGUCGCUCGAGCAAGCAACGACAGCAGAUAAUGCUCUCAUUCAAAACAGCUUAUGGAAAGGAUUUGAUCAAGGACCUGAAGUCAGAGCUCUCCGGAAACUUUGAGAAGACGAUUUUGGCAAUGAUGAAAACUCCUGUCCUGUUUGAUGUUUUGGAAAUCAAAGAAGCUAUCAAGGGUGCUGGCACAGACGAAGCUUGCUUGAUCGAGAUCCUGUCAUCUCGCGAUAACAAGCACAUCCAGGAAAUCAGUCGAGCAUACAAGACAGAAUUUAAGAAAACUCUGGAAGAAGCCAUUAGAAGUGACACAUCUGGGCAUUUCCAGAGACUUUUAAUUUCACUCGCUCAGGGCAACCGAGAUGAAAGCACCAAUGUGGACAUGUCCCUUGUCCAGAGCGAUGUUCAGGCUCUCUAUGCAGCUGGAGAAAGUCGACUCGGGACGGACGAAUCCAAGUUCAACGCGAUUUUGUGCACAAGAAACCGAAAUCACCUAAGAGCAGUUUUCAAUGAAUACCAGCGAAUGUGCAACCGAGAUAUUGAGAAGAGCAUAUGCAGAGAAAUGUCUGGUGACCUUGAAUCUGGGAUGCUGGCAGUAGUGAAGUGCAUGAAAAACACACCGGCUUUCUUUGCAGAGAGGCUGCACAAGGCCAUGAAGGGAGCAGGAACAAAGGACCGGACUCUCAUACGCAUCAUGGUCUCACGUAGUGAAGUUGAUCUCCUGGAUAUCCGGCAGGAAUACAAAAGAAUGUAUGGAAAAUCUCUCUACACGGACAUCUCGGGUGACACUUCAGGGGACUACCGGAAAAUCUUGCUGAAGCUGUGUGGCGGGAAUGACUAAGUAGAACAUCUGGAAGUUUAGAGUGUGUCUUUCAAAGUCACAGCUGGCUUUAUAUUCUCCUUUCUCACAAAGCUGUCAAAACUCCCACUGCUGGAUCAGAUUGAUAUUCUUAAUAUAUUCCAUCCUCUAAAGGUACAUAAUAAAUACAGGACAAAAAAUAUAUAUAUAUUAAAUCAUCUGCUAUAGUAGAGAAGAGAUAUUUUUGUUGCAUUCUUAGAGAAGCUGUGCAAAUAUUGCAUCUGACAAAUGCUCCUUUUAAAGUACGGAGGGAUCCUUAUAUGGUUUUGUGUGCAAUAUUUUGUCUGACUGUACGGACUUUGUUUGAUUGUUUGAAAUGCAUGGAGUGGUGUGUUGUUGUUGUUGUUUUUUAAAUCCGAAUCAAAAGUGCCUGCUCUAAAAUGUAAUGGAUUUGAUUCCCAAAGAUUUGUUUAUAUAUUAUUAUUUCAUUACUGUUUGAGGGGGAAACACGCAUCUGGCUGGUGGCUUGGGAAAAAUAAUUCUUGUAUUCGUUGGAUCGUGGGAUUUUUCUAAUUCAGUUAUCUCCGAUUUACCUAGGGGUGGGCCUCAGAAAUUUUAGCAAGGGGUUCUCUGCCCAGUUGCUGGGUGGGUGCGGCCAUGGUGGGCGUGGCCUAGUCGGUCUCCUGAACCAUGGUGGGGGCGGGGUUGUUUUUGCCCUCCCCGGGCUCCAAAGGCUUUUCUUGAGCCUCCAGGAGGGUGAGAAUGGCCUCCUCAGGCCCAUUUCCAGCUUUCCCAAACUUCCAGUAGGCCCAUUUUUCACUCUCCCCAAGCUUCCACACACGCCCUGCACUUACCUGCAUCCAAAACAGGUCACAUGGUGACUCCUCGGAGGGGAGAGGCUGGGUGGACAGAGCAGGGCCAGCCAGGAGUGGGAUCUGGGGGCUCUCUGAACUUCACAGAAUCUUAGCUAGAGGUUCUCCUGAACCCCUGCGAACCCCCAGCAGCCCACUCCUGCCUUUACCUUAAAAGAGCAGGGAAUUUGGUCAGUGGCAAACUCAGAGCCAAAUGCGAUGUGUAAUCAAAGCAUCAUUUUGGACAACUUCGAUUAAGAUUCAAUCAUCCAGGCCAAAGGUAUCUAAAAGGUUGAAUCAUGGCAACUGCAUCAAACUUUGUUCAUCUGAAACGUUGUGUUGCUCAUCGAAACAACUUGAUUAGUCAAAAUAAAAAAUCGGCCCACUCCAAUGAAUUCUCCAAUGGAGGUAUCUAAAAGGUUGAAUCAUGGCAACUGCAUCAAACUUUGUUACCGUAUUUUUCGGAGUAUACGACCCUCUUGAGUAUAAGAUGCACAUUAGUUUUUGGGGAGGAAAACAAGAAAAAAAAAAAUCUGCCUCUGUCUACCAGCAUCCAUCGGUAUUCAUCUAGCUAACGUCCUUGCAGCAAACAGCCUUAUCAGCUUCAGCACAUUAUCACAGCCUGAUUCAACAUGAGCAGCUGAUUGUUGGUUGGAUUGGCCUUCUGGAAUACCGCUAAUCAGUUGUUCCAGGCUGCAAGGAUAGCCACAGCCCAUCACGCCUCCAUGCAUUGCAUUUUCGGCCUCUGCACACCCCGAGUUUGGCCUUCACUCAUCAUGUUUUCAGCCAGUUCCAGGCAGUGGGGAUCGGCAGUGGCGGCAAUCCCCACUGCCUGGAACCAGCUGAAAAUAUAAUGUGCAGAGGCCAAAAAUGCAAUGCGCGGAAGCGGCUAUUGGUGGUAAUGUGUUGUGGCGAUCCCCGCAGCCUAGAUUGGGUCUAAAAUGGAGUGUGCAGAGGCUGAAAAUGCGAUGUGCGGAGGCCGAAAACGGCUGAAGAGUGGGGGCCAGUGGGUGGGUGGGGAUUUGGCAACAUUCGCUGUAUACGACGCACAGACAUUUCCACCCACUUUGGGGGGGGGAGUGCAUCUUAUAUGCCAAAAAAUACAGUACUCUGAAAUGUUGCAUUGCUUACCCAAGCAACUUGAUCAGUCAAAAUUAAAAAAAAAUAGUCAGCCUAAUUAAUUUUUUUUUAUUUUGACUGAUCAUAUUGCUUGGAUGAGCAAUGAAACAGAUGAAGAAAGUCUGAUGCAGUUGCCAUGAGUCAACCUUUUAGCUACCUCAAUUGGAGAAUUCAUUGGAGUGUGCCAAUGAAUGUUUUUAUUCCUGAUACUAAUUUCAAUGACACUGGAUGACAUUGAUUAUUAUUGGGACAAGGAAAGGGGGAAAAGAAUUAAAUCUCUUCCUGCAAGCUAUGAAAAUUCCCUUAUCGUCCGUCCUACUCAUCAGGGUUGGUUUUUUGUUUUGCUUUUUAAGAAAAGAAAUAUCAACAGCAUCUUAAGUCUUUGGGAAGCCUUCCAGUCCAAUCAUCCAUACAGUCAUUUCUUUUAGAAAUGAGUUAGAUGCUUUUUCUGCAAUGCAGGUUGGCCAUGAAAUCCCAGUUCAUACAACUUCUUUUUCAGGGAUAUUGAUUUGCAAAGAAUUUGUAAUAAGAACCGAGCUGAGUAUCCACAUUUAAGAUGAGCUGGAGCAUUCUGCUUUUCACAGAAUUAGAUCUCUCCAAAAUCGAUCCUUGGUUUUAGGGCUCAGCCCUCCUCAAUUCCCUAUUUCUCUCUUUCUUUAUGGAUUAAACUGUUUCUUAAAUUGCGCUAAACUCAUUGCCUGCUUUCUACGGGUUGUACACGCCAAACCUUUCUCUAUUCAUGAUUUGAGUUAUUCCUUUUAAACCAAAUGUAUGUAAUCAUUUUUUUAAAAAACACUCAGAGAGAGAGAGACGUUGUUUAAAUAAAAUUAUCUAUCUUCUCA